AAUAAACCUUCAAGAAAACUACAUCGGUUUAAUAACAACGAAAUGAAAUUGCAAGUGGCUAUAAUUUUUGUAACAUUGGCUGUGGUCUCGGCCAAAUUUGAGCUUCGUACUAAAGAUGAUGCUUUAAGAGCCCAUGAAGAAUGUCGCGAGGACAAUUAUGUUCCCGAUGAGAUAUACGAAAAAUACCUCAACUACGAAUUCCCCGAACACAAACGUACCAAGUGCUAUGUUAAAUGUUGGGUUGAGAAAAUGGAAUUAUUCCGCGAAAGAAAAGGUUUCGAUGAGAAGAAUAUUAUCUAUCAGUUCAGCCAUGAACAUCCCCAUUACUUGGCAAAUAUAAGUCACGGUUUGGAAAAGUGUAUCGAUCACAAUGAAUCUGAAUCAGAUGUUUGUACAUUUGCUCACCGCGUCUUCUCCUGCUGGCUUAAGAUUAAUCGUCCUGCUGUUCGUAAAAUCUUAGCCGAUAUCGAUGCUAAGGAGGGACGUGUCAUUGCUGAGUGCUUAGAUCGUAUCUCUAAUCCAGAAAUCAAUACCACAGAUCUGUUAGAGAUUUUAAAAAAUUAUUCCAAUUGGACAUUUGAGGAAAUACCUUGUUUUGCCAGAUGUGUAGUGGCCGAGAAGGGAUGGUUUGACAUUGAUCUUCAUCGUUGGAAUAAACAAAAAAUUGUUGAUGAUUUGGGUGAAAAUCUGUACAAUUAUUGUCGUUAUGAAUUCAGUCGUUCCUUUAAAAAUGGAUGUACUUAUGCUUUUAAGGGUUUAAAAUGCUUGAAGGAUGCGGAAUUAAAUGUCAUUGUUACGUACUCCCAUCUGCUGGAGUGUAUUAAUGAAAAGGCCACUAGCAUGUCACAGCUCUUGGAAUAUUAUCACUUUCCAAAAGGUGAACGCAUACCCUGCCUCUUUAAUUGUUUCGCCACCAGAGCUCAAUUGUAUGACGACAAUAACGAAUGGGUUACAAAGAAUUGGCUCAAGGCAUUUGGUCCGCCCAGAGAUGUAAAUAUGGAAAAUGUAGCGGUAUGUCGUGUACCAAAUGAGAGAAGAAAAACCAUGAAUGUGUGUGCUUGGAUGUACGAGGAGUAUAAUUGUUGGGAGCGUUUCAAUUAUAAUACAAAUGGUUCGGUGGCUUAUCGCAAGGCAUUGAGAAAGAGCAAUGGCCACAAAAUGUUUUAAGCGUGGUGCUGUUAUUUACUAUAAGUAUGACCGUAUAAAAUACGAAAAAAAAAACGAAAAAUUAUUUAUAAAUUUAAAACAGUAUUGGCAUAAAAAACAAAAAUUAUUUAUAAUUGGUUAGAAAUUAAAUGUAAGGUAAUCAUUUUUAGCAAAAAAAAAUAUUCAAAUGCAUUGUAUAAAUUAUUAUAUUAUAAUCACAGCACGUGUAAUUAUUUCUAUAAAGUUAUUAUUAAAUCUUGACCCCUCCAAGAAAUUGUGUUGGUGGAAAAUCAAAUAAAAGUAUAAGCAAAGCUGAGCAUUAUAUAUGGAGUAAAGCUUUAAUAAAAGUAAAAAUAAUUGCA